AUGGGCACCAACAGCGAGAAGGAGAAGGAGCUGAUGGAGCGGGCAUGGAAUCAGGCUUCAGGAAAUCUGGUAUGGCCGAUGCUUUCCCGAUCCAAUUACCAAGAGUGGUCGGCUCAUGUGCAAUGCAAUCUCGAAGCCAUGUUCCUGUGGGACGCAGUUGAAUCUGACAAGGUCGAGCGACGUCGUGAUCGGCUCGCUCUGGGCGCCAUGAUCCGUGGUGUUCCCCCUGAGAUGCACUCGAUGUUGCUGAACAAAAAGGUUAAGGAGGUGAAUGCGCAGAAACUUCUAGCCGAGUUUGAAGCAAUCUCUUUCAAAUCUGGUGAAACAAUUGAAGACUUCGCUGUGAGAAUUGGUAAGAUUACGACCGAUCUCAAGGGCCUAGGGGAGAUGAGUGUCGAUGAUGUUCGUGUUGUGAAAAAGUUCCUCAGAGUCGUGCCACCGAGAUAUAAUCAAGUGGCAGUUACAAUUGAGAUGUUCUGUGAUUUAAAAACCUUGUCUGUGGAAGAACUCGUUGGACGUCUGCGUGCUGCAGAAGAUCGAUUCGAGCCCACGGUGGAGGAGGUCACCAAUAAGCAAGGACAACUCAUGAUGAUGGAGGAUGAUUGGGCCGCGAAGCACAAAGCGAGGAUGAUGACAGAUUCGUCCUCAGCUGGGGGCAAGGGUGGUGGUGGCUAUGGCCACCAUCAGAAGAAGAACAAGAACAGGGCGCGUGGUGCAGGAGGCGGUGGUAACCGUGACUCACGUGACUUGGGAGGCAAGGAGGCCAACAACACCGGUGCACCACGCCGCAAAGGCCGCUGUAAUAAGUGCAAGGUUUAUGGCCAUUGGGCCAGGGAGUGCAAGAAGUACCCGCGGGAUCAGGCAGAGGCAGCUCAUCAUGCCAAUACUGAUGCCGAUCCACAACUUGCUCUUCUAGUGGCACAAGUUUGCAAUGUGGUCAGAACUGCAGGAGUUGCAGUAGCACCCUGUGUGUUUCUGAACUAG